AGGAUGUUUAGAACCAACAGGUUAGGAGGUCAAAGCGACACCUAUCGCACAAGUGAUAGCACUUUGAGACAUGACUCAGACUUUCAGGACUCCAGCCCAUUGCGUUCAAGUAGAGACUGGGUUUCCAGAGAGAGGGAUAGCACUGAACCAUCUUGGAAGACUCCUUCAUCCAGCUAUCAGCGCUGCUCAGGGACAUAUGAUCGCCCAGUAUCUGGGAGCUUCUUGGGAAACCGAAGCAGAGUUUCGACUGCAACAUCACAGCCAUCUUGGUAUGAUCCUUUAGAGAGGUCACAGAGCACUUACAAUGGACUGGGCAGCCAACAAGACUGGGAUUCUAAGAGACCUAAACUAUCCUAUUAUGGAUGUACCCCUCUUAAUGGUGGAAGGACUACUAAUUCCAGCUAUACCUCCACUCCAGACUCAUCAAGCAGGUAUGGGCGCUUUCCUAGGACGUCAUCAAUGAUGUUUCAGUCUGAUUUAUCAAGGGAGCGUGAUCGUGACAGAAGAUCAGACACCUCUAUACAUGAGCUUGAUCUUCAGGACAGAGUUUCUUCAUAUGCACAAGGCGCUAGACCAAAAGACAACUCUCUAAGCACAGUCCGACUCAACACAUCAGUCAGCCGCCAGUUGCCUUCACAGAGCCCUUCAUUUUCUAGAGAUUCAAGCAGGAGUUCAAGAACAGCAACUUACAGAGACCUACGCUCUCCACAGAGGGAUAUUUCCUCUGAGGUUCAUCACUCCGCAAGCCGAAGUGAGAGAACGUCACGGAGUACUUCAGGAAGAAUCUCGCCUUCAUCACAGACACCAAGAAGUGACCAAACUACAGAUGGCGAUGGCAGGCGUACAACAAGGCAUCUCCUGUCUCGCCUUGCAUCUAGCAUGUCUUCCACCUUCUUCUCUAGGAGGUCCAGCCAGGAUUCUUCAAGUGGAAGGUCACAAGAUGCAGAAGAAACACAUUCAAGUUUACAUAGUGUCACUCCGGAACCCAGUCCUACCAUCCCUGCCAACAGUGAAGCAUUAGAAAACAGGCCUUCUGAACAAUCUCAGGGAUUUGCAUUUCUUAGGAGGAGGAGAUGGGGCCUAUCAUCAGUGUCUCCAAAUCAGAGUUCAGAUUCUGAUGCUGAAAGCUACAGGUCAGAAGAUUCUGAAACAAGGACUUCAGGAUCAUGGCUGCCUUCUUCCUUCAGGAAUAGAUGCACGCCACUGUUCUCCAGAAGGAGACGGGAAGGAAGAGAUGAGACUGCCAGAGCUUCUUCUACCUCUGAAACCAGUAGGAUCCACAAUCCUUUUAGAAGGGCAUCACAAGAAGAUUCUUCAUUAGGCGAAGCACAAAGCACCCUUCAAGGGGCUGCUGCUACUAGGAGUUCUCCCCUGUCGUCAGACUCUCCUAGCAGCAGUUCAGCUGCUGCCACUAUAGCAGAGACGCUCUUCAGCAGAAGAAAUUCAGGAAUUUCAAGCAUGCUUCCGAGCUCUCUCUUACACUUCUCCGUGCCAGCUGCACUAGGAAGUUCCCUAUCGGACAAUGUCAUGAUAACUGUAGAUAUUGUUCCCUCAGGUAGAACAAGUGAUGGACAAGAGAGUGAAAAGUCUCAAGACUCCUCAAGGGAUCCUGAGAAGCUGAAGAAAAUUAAAGAGAGCCUCCUGCUAGAGGACUCGGAGGAAGAGGAAGGUGACUUAUGCAGAAUAUGUCAGACUGGAGCAUCCAGUCCAAGUAAUCCCUUUAUUGAGCCAUGCAAGUGUUCUGGCAGCUUGCAGUAUGUUCACCAGGACUGUAUGAAAAAAUGGCUGCAUGCCAAGAUCAACUCUGGUUCUAGUUUGGAAACCAUAACUACAUGUGAAUUGUGUAAAGAGAAGUUGGAUCUGAACUUGGAAGAUUUUGACAUUCAAGAGCUUUACCAGGCACAUGCAAAUGAGAGGGCUGAAUAUGAAUUCAUAAGCUCCGGACUGUAUCUGGUUGUCUUACUGCACUUGUGUGAACAGCGCUUCUCCGACAUGCUGGGGGCAGCUAAUGAAGCAAACACUCGGGUUAGAUUUAUCAACCUUGCCAGGACCCUGCAAGCACACAUGGAAGAUCUUGACACCUCAGACGAUUCAGAAGAUGAACGGGUGUGA